UCUUUGACUUUCUAAUUUUGUUUAUGCAGCCUGACACCCAUCUAGACCGAUCUAUAACGAGGAUUUCAUAUCAUGAUUUUAUUAAUUUUGAAUUAAUAUACUUUUUCCAAGCAAAUCUCGAAAGGUGUAUUCCUUCAGUGGCUGAUGGGCUCAAGCUAUCAUCAAGAAAGAUUCUGUUCACCCUGUUCAAAUGCAACAAAAAAGUCACGGUGGAGCAGCUUGCUUCUGAUGUUUCUAAAACUUGCUCGUAUCACCACAGCCAACAGAGUUUGGCUAAAACGAUUGUUAGGAUGGCACAGGAUUAUGUUGGUAGCCCCAACAAUGUCAAUUUACUUGACCCAGAUGGCCAGUUUGGUUCUCGAAUCUCGGGUGGUAAAGAUGCUUCCAACCCAAAAUAUAUUUUCACUGAGCUAUCGGUCAUGGCAAGAGUUUUGUUUCCGAAUGAUGAUGAUGUCCACCUACAGUACUUGAAGGAAGAUGGGAAAACUAUAGAGCCAUUAUGGUAAUUAUUUGCCCAACUCAGU